UUUCCCGCAACGGGUCGUGCCUAAACGCGGAACCAAACCCAAACCAAUCAAACAUUUUGUGUGUGCUCUAUGGUUCAAACACUCUACGGCCAAAAAUUUAAAGUUUAAAGUGCAGUGAAGAGCCCCAAAUUGGCGCCACUAGCUGCAAGAAUGUCCAGUCACGAGGAGGAUGACCACGAGCACGAGAACGAGCACGGCGUCGAGGUGGAGGAGCAGGAGAUCCACGUAGACGUGGACUCCGAUUCCCGGAUGUCAUGCGGCAGCGGAUCCGAUGUGGAUAUGGACGGUGGCAGCUGUUACGAUGAGUCCGAAACGCCAUUGAGCGAAUCCCUGCAGUCGGAGCAGACGCGUUCCUCGUCCAGCGAGAACCUGCCCUUCAGCAUAUCACGCCUGCUAUCCAAGCCCUUCGAGACGAGCCACCACCACAGCAGUCACAACCUGAUCACCAGCAGUCCCGGCUCCAGCAGCAAUAACAACAGUGGCGAAAAGAGCGAGGAGAAGGAGCUGCUCCAGCAGGAGGACCACGACCUGGCCGCCUAUAAGCUGGCCACCAGCAUCGCUAACUCGACGUACGGAAGCGCCGCGGCCCUCUACUCGUAUCCGCAUCUCUAUCCCUCGGCGGCCGGCGGUCAUGUACUGCGGGUGCCGCCCCAGCGAACGCCGCUCACCUGGGCGCUACCGCCACUGCACCACGCGGCGCUGGCCCAUCAGGCGGUUAAGGAUCGGCUGGCAGCUGCCUUCCCGAUUGCCCGACGGAUCGGACAUCCCUACCAGAAUCGCACCCCGCCGAAGCGAAAAAAGCCCCGAACAUCCUUUACACGCAUCCAGGUUGCCGAGUUGGAGAAGCGGUUUCACAAACAGAAGUAUCUCGCCUCCGCGGAGCGAGCUGCCUUGGCCCGCGGCCUCAAGAUGACCGAUGCCCAGGUGAAGACGUGGUUCCAAAACCGACGUACCAAAUGGAGACGUCAGACGGCCGAAGAGCGUGAGGCGGAGCGGCAGGCGGCGAACAGGCUGAUGCUAUCCCUCCAGGCGGAGGCCAUCAGCAAGGGCUUUGCCCCCCCAUCGGCGCCCCUGGGCUCCCAGGGGGGUGUGAACGGAGCGCCCCUGGCGGCUCUGCACGGACUGCAGCCGUGGGCAGAGGGAUCGCAUGCGGCGGGGUGCUAAUCGCCAUUGCCAUCGCCGGACGGCCCCUGUAUUUUGGCGGGAGCUGGUUUAUUUGUGAUACACUUCGCUUUGUACAUAGUUUAGGAUGAACGGACACUCGAACAGGGACUGUUCGCACUGUACAUAGGAGGAGGGGGCUACGACUCGAGGCCCCACUGUAAAUACCUAGCUUUACUCUGUAGCGAUGCUUACUUAACCGAACUCGGGAUAUGGAGAUGGAGAUGGAGGUGGACCUGGACCAGCGCUUAAGUGUUUGUGUAGAAUCUUGAAUUUCUGUUUUGUGUUUCGUAGUCCUGCAUUUAGACUCUUAGUUAUUAUUCGCCAGUUCAACCGAAGCAAACCGCAUCUCAAAACGUCGCAGUGAGCUAGGAAGCCACGCCUAGUAAUAACAUAUUUAAUACACAAAAUUAUAUACAUAUAGAAUCGUAUUGUAAUUGUAAUAUUUGUCUCUAGGCUUAAGUUGAAUGGCAUUACCUAGUAUUAUAAAUUAUUAACCCUAACUACAUGUAUGAUUAUUGAAAAGCAAAUCAGAAGAGCAAUGAAAAUAAAAACAUAAUUAAAUCAA